AUGUCCCAAAAGUCCUACAUCGUAACCCUUAAGCAGGGAGCAGACUCUUCCAAGAUCAAGGAUUUCGUCGCCGAAUCUGGUGGCAGUGUUUUAUACGAAUACACACUGACUAACUCAUUGAGUGUAAAGUUGCCUGAGGGCCCAGCUGGAAUCUCAGCUUUGGAAUCCCAGCAUUCUGAUAACAUCUUAGAUGUUGAGGAAGACCAGGAAAUGAAGACUUGUGGUUGA